AUGACUUGCUAUGUAGGACUGAACUUUCACUUCCUAUUGGUGAUUUACUAUUGUUUGUAUGAGAGUAUAACGAUCUUUUAUGGUCGUAUUGUAGUUCCUCGCAAUUUGGUUUAUGUGAGCGAACUGGGUUGGGUAGUAUAA